UUUUUCCUCCUGUCUUCUGCAGGUAUUCGUUACAGCUUGGAUGUUAGUGUGGAUGAAGUGAAAGCCUUAGCAUCUCUAAUGACAUACAAAUGUGCAGUGGUUGAUGUGCCAUUUGGUGGAGCAAAGGCUGGUGUGAAGAUCAAUCCCAAGAACUACACAGACAAUGAAUUGGAAAAGAUCACAAGAAGAUUUACCAUGGAGCUGGCGAAAAAAGGUUUCAUUGGUCCUGGAGUUGAUGUGCCUGCUCCUGAUAUGAGCACAGGAGAGAGGGAGAUGUCUUGGAUUGCUGACACUUACGCCAGUACAAUAGGACACUAUGAUAUUAAUGCACACGCAUGUGUAACUGGUAAACCCAUCAGCCAGGGUGGGAUCCAUGGACGGAUAUCUGCAACUGGCCGUGGUCUCUUCCAUGGAAUUGAAAAUUUCAUCAAUGAAGCAUCGUAUAUGAGUAUAUUAGGAAUGACUCCAGGAUUUGGAGAUAAAACAUUUGCUGUUCAGGGAUUUGGUAAUGUGGGCUUACAUUCUAUGAGAUACUUGCACCGUUUUGGAGCAAAAUGUGUUGCUGUUGGAGAAUUUAAUGGUUCUAUAUGGAAUCCUGAUGGGAUUGACCCAAAGGAACUAGAAGAUUACAAAUUGCAACAUGGGACAAUCAUGGGCUUCCCUAAAGCACAGAAGCUUGAGGGCAGUAUUCUGGAAACAGACUGUGACAUUCUCAUCCCUGCUGCAAGUGAAAAGCAGCUGACUAAGGCCAACGCUCACAAAGUCAAAGCAAAAAUUAUUGCUGAAGGUGCCAAUGGACCUACAACUCCUGAAGCUGACAAAAUCUUCUUGGAGAGGAAUAUCAUGGUUAUUCCUGAUCUUUACCUGAAUGCUGGUGGUGUAACAGUAUCCUAUUUUGAGUGGCUGAAAAACUUGAACCACGUCAGCUAUGGCCGCUUGACUUUUAAAUAUGAAAGGGAUUCAAACUACCACUUGCUGAUGUCAGUACAGGAAAGCUUGGAGAGAAAAUUUGGGAAACAUGGUGGAACUAUUCCAGUUGUGCCUACAGCAGAAUUUCAAGAUAGGAUAUCAGGUGCAUCUGAGAAGGAUAUUGUCCAUUCUGGGUUGGCUUAUACAAUGGAGCGUUCUGCUCGACAAAUCAUGCGUACUGCCAUGAAGUACAACCUGGGUCUGGACCUGAGAACAGCUGCCUACGUCAAUGCAAUUGAGAAAGUCUUCAAAGUAUACAAUGAGGCUGGCCUGACCUUUACAUAAGCAGGCUGUCACUGCUCCUUGUUGUAUCCCAUCCCUCUUACUGUCAAUGUACCCUCUUCUUGGAAAAGCUUAUCACAAGUUUACAUGUAACCACAAAAAUUUCUUUUCUUCUGACAUUAUAGUGGAUUCUAUUCUCAAUUAGUUUCAGUCCAGACUAGUCUUUUUUUACAAUAAAAGUCCAUGGGUUAGGAAAUUGUAUACAAGCAUGUAUCUGAAGAUAACAGUUCAUCAGCACUUGUGGGGGACAUUCUGGGUAUUUCACCUACAAAACAAAAUGGUACAUUUUAUGUAUGAAAGAGUGGUCUUGCCACCUGAGCCACUUCUCAAACUUCAGAUCAGAUACUGUACUGGAUGAGCACUUAGCUCAUUAUUACUUCAUGCACUUUUGUUAAAUGGUAUAAUUUUGGCUUUGGCACUUUCAGUAAGGCCUUGUAUGAUCAAUGCUAUGGCAUUGUCAAAGGAAGAAUGGGCCUCCAGCAGGGAUUAACUUUGAUAGGAGUCUAAUUUUUUUUGUAGUAAAGCUUCAGGCCUGAUUCUCUCUAGGCAAUGUUUUUUUCUUUAACUGCUGCUGUUAUAGGACUGCGCCCUAUUGCUUGUUCAAGUUAGCUUGGCUACCACCAUGAAGUAUGUAGAGUUGACAAACUAAUAUUUUUAUAAGCUGAAAUUAUCAAGCAAUUAUAGUUACAUUUUUAAAUCAAGCAUCUAUGUAAUUAUUCUGACUACAGAUUUUCUUUUUUUUUUUUUAUAAGAAAAGGGAUAGUCUGAAUUUGCUAAGCAAUCAUACCUGCUUUUUAACAUUCUUUGUCAGUCUUUUCCUCCCAGAGGCUUUUUCAAAAUUAGAUACUGCCUCAGUGAACAACUACCGUGAAAUAUGACCCAGAAAUCAUUGGCCAAACUACAGAGGAGCUAGAAUGCUGCUGUAAACUUAAUCCACUGUCUUAACACAUAGCUUCUUUUUUCUUUCUUUUUUUUUUGCCACCAGAAGGUCGUGACAGUUUUGAAUAUAUUCAAAUACAACAGAAUGGACCUCAACACAUUACUGGAUCAAGCACAGUUUAUAAAGUCUAAGGCUUUUGUCCAGCCGUGUCCCCUUGAAGUGCCAGUUGUUAUUUAUGUAAUGAAUAUGAGUGUUUUUUUCUAAAAGACAACUAGUUCCUCCCAGAAACUUAUGUUUUUUUUCUAUCUACUUUGUAACUGCAUAACAUAACCUGGAGAGAAGAGCAGUUAUUAAAAAAAAAUUGACCUUUCCAAACCAA